AAGCAAGAUGCUAGCAAGAUGUAGCCAACUUAACAAUAGCGAUCUUGAUUCUCUUGAUUGUUGACUUGGGAUUAUUUAAGGAUUGGGACCUGAAUUGCGGAACAUUUUUAACAAAAAAUAUAAGAUAUAUAGAGGCUCAGAUCAGGUUUAGAUUACAAGAAGAGUUAAACAUGAAGCGCAGUUGCAAGUUGCUGUCCACCUUGGCAAAAGAAGAGUUUGGCAAAUUCUUUGAAUCGUUUGAUACUGUUCUGACAGACUGUGAUGGUGUCUUAUGGAUGGGGGAUAAUGAAGUUAUUGAUUCAGCAAACAUAACCUUGAAUAAACUCCAGGAGCUGGGCAAGAAAGUUUUCUACGUGACCAACAACAGCACAAAGUCAAGGGAUGACUAUGUCAAAAAAUGUGCAAGGCUUGGAUUUAAAGCAGACAAGGAAUCAAUCAUUGGCACUUCAUAUAUUGCAGCUUCGUAUCUAAAAAAUAUAGGAUUUAACAAAAAGGUGUAUGUAAUUGGCACUGAAGGUAUCACCAAGGAACUGGAUGCUGUCGGAAUUAGUCACAUUGGCAUUGGGAGGGAUGUUAUGUCGGACACUGUGGUAGACCACUUGAAAAGUGGUAACUUUACUCUUGACCCUGAUGUUGGUGCCGUCAUUGUCGGAUUUGACCAGCACUUCAGUUAUCCUAAAAUGAUGAAGGCUGCUUCGUACCUUUACAACAAAGAUACCUUGUUCAUUGCUACAAAUACAGACGAGCAAUUCCCGUCAAGUGAUUUUGGUGUGGUGAUUCCAGGCACAGGUAGCAUUGUUGCUGCGGUCCAAACAUGCUCCGCUCGAGAGCCUAUUGUGAUGGGGAAACCUAACCCAACCAUAAAGGACGUAAUUGCUAAAACGCAUAAUCUGGACCCUGCCAGGACUCUAAUGAUUGGUGAUAGGUGCAACACUGAUAUCUUGUUGGGCACUCGCUGUGGCUUUGCAACGCUACUGGUGCUGACAGGAGUGACGCAAAUACACGAAGUGAGAGAGUGGGAGAAGUCCGAAGAUGCAGAACUUCAAAAAUUGGUGCCAGACUUCUACUUGGAUAAGUUAAGUGACCUUCUUGAUUUACUUCCGUAAAUCAAGCUAACAAGGCCCAUUAUUUGUCAUAUUGAAUUGAAAAUCCCGACAUAUUACCUCUUAGUAUACAUACAUAGAUGCCGAAAAACUAAUUGAGCAUAAUAAAGGUGUUAAGCUUUGAGGGAAAUGUGCAGAAUUUCAAUUUAAUAAUUAUGUCACCCGGUUAUUUAUAGUUAGUGUUGCAAACAGUGUUUUAUCAAGAACCUAUUUAAUGGAAAUUUUUGUUUGACAAUGUUAUUUUUAAGAGUUUAAAAUGAAUCGAUAGAACUUGAAUCUAAACAUAAUAAUGACCAUUAAGAGCUGUUAAAUUGAAUAAAAGAAGUUUUAUAUGCUUUA